AUGUAUUUUGGUAAAAUUUUUUAUGAUGUAUCAAAAUAUUGUAAACAAAAUAAUAUUUUAUUUCUUAUAAGAAAAUAUGGUUUUUCAUCAAAAAAUAAUUUUAAAUAUUUUUUAAAAGAAAACACUAAUAUGAUAGAAGAUGGUAAAGUAAAUAUUCCAUCAUAUAAAAGUUAUAAAGGACAUAAGUUAAAAGUUAUAUACGAAAAUGAUUUUUUUUUUGUUGUUAAUAAACCUUAUGAUAUAAAAUUAGAAAAAGGAAAAUAUGACGAUAUUUAUCCAUCAGUAGAAACUUUAAUUCGUCAAGAAAAAAAAUUAGAUGUUUUUAGAAUAUGUGGUCAAUUAGAUUAUGCUACAAGUGGUUUAUUAAUUGUAGCAAAAGAUAAAUUAAGUUCAAACAUUUUAAAUUAUAAUAUUGAGUGUAAAAAUAUAAGUAAAAUUUAUUUAGCCAUAUUAUAUGGACAUUUACCAUUAGAUAUAAUGCAUAUAAAUGCUCCCAUAAGUAAAAUUAAAAAUGAAUUUAAAAUGAAAUUAUGUUAUAAUUAUAAUGAUUAUUAUGAUAAUGGAAAAUAUUGUUACAGUUUAAUUUAUCCAUUUAAACAUUGUUAUUUAAAUAAUCAAAAAGUAACUCUGUGUGAAAUGAGAACAAUCACAGGAAGACGACACCAACUAAGAUUACACUCCAUUUAUAUAGGAAGCGGAAUAGUUGGUGAUGAAACAUAUUUUGAAGAUAUGAUAAUUAAUAAAUAUAAAAUAAAUUGCUCUAAUUCAAAUAAUGAUAAAAUGAAAGAUGAAAAUAACAAUUAUUCCAUAAAAAAAUUGAAUAAUGAUAUAAAUGAUAUUCAAAAUAUACCUAUAAAAAAAAUAGAGCUAGAAAGAAUGAUGCUACACUGCUGGAUAAUAUUAAAAAAUAAAAAUAAACAAAUAAACAAAUUAAAUAAAAGUGAAAAUAUAAAUUUCUUGGAAGAUAAAAUAUUUGAUACAGAUUAUAUAAUUUGCGAUGAUGAAUUAAGCCAUUAUGUUAAUGAAAAACAGAGAACAUAUGAAGAAUGUGUUUUAAAAAAUGAUGAUUUAAUUAAUAUCAAUUUUAUUAAUUAUAAUGUAAAAAAUAUAAACAAAAAUAUAAAAAAUAUAGAUAAAAAAUUAAAUAAAAAAAAAUAUGAUAGUUUAUUAUAUAAUUCUUUAAUCUUAGAAAAUUUAGAAAGUGCAGAACAGAAUAACUCAAAUUAUACAUUACAAUAUAAUGAAAAUAAAGAAAAUAAAGAAAUUCAUAUAAAAAAUGAAAAAAUUAAUGAGGAAAUAAAAAAAAAUGAAAAAGACAUUGAUUUUAUUAAUAAUAAAAUAGAAACAAUUAAUGUAACAGACACUUAUAUAAAUAAUAAAUUAAUAGAUAAUAAUUUGAUAUAUAAAGUUAAAAAUGAUAAAUAUAAAAAUCCAAAUGAUUUAUUUGAUGAUAUUCAUGAUAGUGUUAAUAAAUUUAAUUGGGGAUAA